CUCUGUAACAAAACAAAUGAAAAAGCGAGAUAACGUUACCAUUAUUGUUAAGCAACAUUUUAAAGGUAUAAAGAGUUCAACGACAUUAGCGUGUGUCUACGCGUCGAAGAAUCAACCGCCAACGUACCAGCUGAAUGAUGGACGACGUAUGCCAAGUUUCGGCUUAGGGACUUGGUUUGGAAUUUCUAAUUUAACAAUAAUUAACCCAGUGGAUGAAGAAGCGUCGGAGCGGGCAGUGGGCUGGGCUAUCGAUGCAGGGUAUAGACUCUUUGAUACGGCCUACAUCUAUGGCACCGAGAAAACGGUGGGUCGAGGAGUGAAAGGAAAGAUUAGUGAAGGUGUAAUUAAGAGAGAAGAUGUAUUUAUUAGCACAAAGCUUUGGAGCGACUCCCACGCCCGUGCGGCCGUUGUACCAGCCUUACGAAAAUCUCUGGAAGCACUCGGUUUGGAUUAUGUGGAUCUGUUUCUUAUACACUUACCUAUCGGACAAUUUGAUAACGGUACUUUUGACCUGACCGACUACACGGAGACCUGGCAGGGCAUGGUGGAAGCCAGGAGGCGCGGCCUCACACGUUCUAUCGGCGUCUCAAACUUCAACGCGCACAUGAUGGACAGGCUCAUCAAAAGCUCGUGCGUUAAGCCGGCAGUGGCGCAGAUUGAGGUGAACCUCAAUAUCCAGCAGCCGUCUCUGCUGCGUUACUGUUGCGAGCACGAUAUAGUGGUAAUGGGUUACACGCCAUUCGGGUCCGUGUUCCCGGAGCGCGCGCUACCCGGAGCGCCGGGGCCACGCGUGAACGACCCUCUGUUGCGACAAAUCGCCGCGACACACAAUAAGAGUGCCGCAGAUCAUAUUGAGAUAUUUGGUACUUUAUAUUCACUAAUCUUUUAUGAAUUGGGUGUCAUUCCUAUACCAAAGUCGAUUACAAAGUCAAGAAUAGAAGAAAACAUUGACAUAUUCGAUUUCGGUCUGUCAACAGAGGAGAGGAAGGCAUUGGGAGGCUACGAUGUGAACUACAGAAGUGGCAAGAGUUGGUCCGACUCACCUUAUUACAUAACUAGAGAAUUUACUACAGUGUAA